AUGAACAUACGGAUGCUGUACUUACAACAAGAACAAACCACAGGCAUGGUUAAUGUCCAGAGAACCCUGAAUCUCCUGGUUUCAGGAACCCCCCCAAAGCCCAAAAUCUGGGCUGAGCCACAGUCUGUGAUUGCCAUAUAUGCACCUGUUACUAUUUGGUGUCAGGGUUCCUGGGAGGCCAAGGAGUACCGUUUGCUUAAAGAGGGAAGCUCAGAUCCUUGGGACCGACAAUCCCCUCUAGAACACAUGGACAAGGCUAAGUUCUACCUGGAACACAUGAUACAGGACUUUGCAGGGAUAUAUAAGUGCUACUAUAAGAGCCCUGCUGGCUGGUCAGAGCACAGUGACACUCUGGUACUGGUGCUAACAGGAGUCUAUGAUAAACCAAGCCUGUCUGUCUGGACCAGUCAUGCUGUAACCUCAGGAGAGACCAUAACCAUGCAGUGUAGUUCCUCACUGGGAUUUGGCAGAUUCAUUCUGAUCCAGGAAGGAAAGCACCACAUAUCAUGGACCCUGGACUCACAGCAGAAUGCUGAAUGGGAAUCCCAGGCUCAUUUUGUUCUGGACCCUGUGACUACCAUCCACAAUGGUACAUUCAGAUGCUAUGGAUAUUUUAAGAACCAUCCCCAGAUGUGGUCAGAAUCAAGUGGCUCCCUUCACCUCCUGGUCUCAGAUUCCAAGGACCAGUCUCCCAUCCACACUGAGAAUGGAACACUCACAAAGCCCAAAAUCUGGGCUGAGCCACAGUCUGUGAUUGCCUCAUAUGCAACUGUUACUAUUUGGUGUCAGGGUUCCUCGGAGGCCCAGGAGUAUCGUUUGCUUAAAGAGGGAAGCUCAGAUCCUUGGGACCGACAAUCCCCUCUGGAAAGCUUGGACAAGGCUAAGUUCUGUAUUAAUUACAUGACACAUGACUUUGCAGGGAUAUAUAAGUGUUGCUAUAAGAGCCCUGCUGGCUGGUCAGAGCACAGUGACACUCUGGAACUGGUGCUAACAGAAGCUUAUGAUAAACCAAGCCUGUCGGUUUGGCCCAGCCCUGCUGUGACCUCAGGAGAGAACAUAACCAUGCAAUGUAGUUCAUCACUGGGAUUUGGCACAUUCAUUCUGAUCCAGGAAGGAAAACACCACCUCUCAUGGACCCUGGAUUCACAGCAAAAUGCCAAUUUGAAGUUUCAGGCUCAUUUUGUUCUGGACCCUGUGACCACCAUCCACAAUGGUACAUUCAGAUGCUAUGGCUAUUUUAGGAACAGUCCCCAGAUGUGGUCAAAAUCAAGUGACCCCCUUCACCUCUUGGUCUCAGAAUCCAAGGACGAGUCUCCUACCCACACUGAGAAUGGACUGGGAAGAUACCAGAAGGUUCUGAUUGGAGUCUUGGUCAGCCUCCUCCUGCUUUUCUUUCUCCUUAUUCUUCUCAUCCUCUUCCGAUAUCAGUGUAAAGGCAAAGAGAAGAAGGCAGGCUCUCUCUGUCUAAAGAAGAUCCUGAAUGGAACUAGAAGUCACUUUAUCCAUCUCAUUGCCUCCUUGCUGCAGAACCCACCUGAUGAAGAACCCCAGGGAAUUGUUUAUGUCCAGGUGAAACCCUCCAUGCUUUAUAAAGCAGGGAUUACCUCUUCUUUCCCACUGUCAGAAAAAGUACUGGACAUGAAGAAUAAUCAAUCAGGAGAGAACAGAGAGAUGUACCCUCGGGUAGGUUCUGUUCACCUAGCUCCAGAAGUUGCCAAUGCCAAGCACAUACCUUCCUCCAACUCUGUCCCACUCCAGGCUACUACAUCCAAGGAGCCUCAGGAUGUGACCUAUGCCCAGUUAUGUAUAAGGACACUGGAAUAG